GGGAUGUGUAAUGUGAGAGGUGCUUUAGAGUUCAUUAGAUCAACGAUUCGGUCACAGGACAAAACUAUCUCGUUUCGCGAACCUACAGACAAUGUUUUGAUGAGUCUGACUCAAGAUGAAAAGUUUAUAUCAUGUUUAAAGCAAACAUGCUUACUUAAUAAUUCUCAAUACAAAGAUGUCGAAAGAUGUAUGGGUGGUCUCUAUCACACUGCAUCAAAAAACUUGCACGGUCACGACAAGGAUAUUGAAAUUGAUGCGCGGGACUGGAGUGCGAAUGAAGUAUUAGCAUUAGGUGUUCUUUUUCGUUAUUAUAAUAUUUCGUACUAUUAUUAUAAUGACAAGGGGGAUUUAGCUGAAUACCCUUACAA